UGCCCCGGACCCUCUAGGUUUCCACCGCCGCCGCUUCCCCUCUACUAUCGGCACGCUCCGCCUCCUUUCCUCUCCCCCGCAACUCCGCCGUCCUCCGCGCCGCCGCCUCGCCGGACCUCCGCCGCCCGACCUCGCCUCCUCCUCAUCCUUACAGGGAGCUGCAUAGAGGUUUGAUUGAGCGAGCAAGAUGGGGUUGAGGGACAAGAAGAGGAACCAGAGGCGGGUGCUCUCGCGCCGCUCGGCCGGCCCCAAGACCGGCGAGGGCAAGGAUUUCCUGCCGCUGGAGGGGAAGGAGCAGAGGGUCCGGGAGAAGAAGCAGCCUGAGGAGCCGGAGAGCACGGCCACCGUCCUCUACAUCGGCCACAUCCCCCACGGUUUCUACGAGGACCAGAUGCAAGGUUUCUUUCAGCAGUUUGGGGCUGUCAAGAGGGUCAGGGUUGCCCGGAACCGCAAGACAGGGAAGUCUAAGCAUUAUGGAUUCAUUGAGUUUGAGAACCCUGAGGUGGCGAAGAUUGUGGCUGAUGAGAUGAAUAACUACCUGUUGUUUGAGCACACUCUGCAGAUUGCGCCUGUCCCGCCGGAGAAAGUUCAUGCCAAAUUAUGGAAAGGUGUGCGUAAGGGAUUUAUACCAGUUGACCGAGUAGCAAUUGAACGGAGGCGGCUUAGUAAGGAUAAAACAGUGGAAGAGCACAAGAAGAUGCUCGAAGGAAUUGUAAAGCGGGAUGAGAAGCGCCGCAAAAGAAUCAAGGCUGCUGGUAUCGAUUACGAGUGUCCAGCCCUUAUUGGAAGCGUUCAGCCUUCAGCUAAGAAGAUCAAGUUUGAUGAGGAUUAGCUAUAGAGAAGGCAGAUGGACCUUUAUCCGGUGGGAGCGACGGGACUGUGCUGAGGUCUAUUUUAGUCGGGGAUGAGAUGGCGGUUUCGUACUCUGGUUUUGUAUCUGUGUUUGGUCGAUGUUAUGUAAGUUAAAUGAUGACUGGUUUAUGUUGGUGAAGAAGCAUAAAGCUGUGGUGGAAAAUUAAUGAACUUGCUUUCUUUCCUGCUCCCUGAUUUA